AUGAAUGUUUCGGAGGUUCCGACCACAGAUAGUGGUUAUCCGACUCCUCGAGAUGACCUCCCAUCGUCGUCUCGCUCAGCAUCUCCAAGGAGUUCUCCCGAUGAGCAUCAGCUGACGUCCACGCCAGUUCGAGGGCGAAGAAACAUGCCGAUGAAAGAGCACUUUUCUCAUUUUCGCCACGAUCUAUCCAUCAUUGAGUCAACCGGUUCAGACUCCAUCUCGACUGCAAAUGAUUCUAACGUUGUCAUCGGUAUUGUUCCCCAACAUUACUAUCGCAUUUCGUUUCCUUUAGACAGUGUAAAAAGCUUGUUGGCUGUAUCCAAAGAGUUGAAGAAAAAAUCGCGAGAAAAUACUGUUCUUCGCGGCGAAAAUGAAACACUUCGUGGAGAGAAUGAGUCUCUCCGAGAGGAAAAUUGCUCAUUGCGUGAAACCUCACGACGGACUGAAAUGGACAAAUCAAUCAGCCCUGAAAUGGGUUACGAAGGAGUAGUAUUUCCAGUCAUUCCCAGGCUUCAACUUCAUGAUGCGAGCAAGGAGAACGAUACAAAUACUGCCACAGAACAUCCAAUGUCUAGUGAUGACAUCAAGAAAGAAUUGCUCUCAAUCAUAAAAAGUGAAGAAGAUCGAACUAUUCUCGAAUCGAAAAUGGAGAACAUGGUGAUUAGCGAUUCUAAACCUUCUGCCAAAGUAUUCACUGGUACAGCUACAAUUCAAUUAAACACCGAGAAAAUUGACGCUGAUGUCCAAACUGAGAAUGACGAUCAUGUGAAAAUCGUAAAUGCAAACUUACAAAUUGAAGUUGAUCAGUUGCAUUCGGAAAUCGAAAUAAUCGGGAAGAGGAAAAGUGACUUGGAAAAUCGGUUGUUUGACUAUGAGAAAAUGAAAGCCAAGUUCGAAGAAGAUGAACAGAAAUUGAGAUCAGAUCUUGAAAAAAAGCUAAAAACAAGCCAAGCACAAAUCGCACGAUCUGAAGCUAAAAACGAAGAGCUUCAGGCUCGCUUGAACAGCAAAAAGAAAGAAGUCGAAGAAAUUUCAGCUGAGAACAGACGUCUUCUGGAAGAUAAAAACACGCAUGAAUUCGAAAUGGAUGAAAUGAAAGUCCAUGAAGAGCACCUGAUGAAGCAGAACUCUGAUCUCGAAGUGAAGUUGGAUGAAACAGCGAAAAAAGUUAACGAUCUCGAAGAUGCUCUCAAAGAGGAAAAAUUCAGAAUGAUUCAAUUCGAAAAAGAAGCUGAGAAUACCGCCAAAGAUUUUGAGCUUAGUAUCAGUGGGCUCAAGAAAAAAGCAGAUGAGGCUCUUGAAAAAGAGACUGAAGCCAUGAAGAAACUCGAAGAAAUUCGGAAACAGAACAAAGAACUUGUCAAAGAAAAUAAGUAUCUCUCCGAUUCCCAACACGUAUUACUCGAUAGCGAAAUAAAUUCGAAAAAUGAAAUCAAUGUGUUGCAAGCAAAUAUUCGGAAUAUUGAAGCACAGUUAUCAGUGGCAAAAGAUCAAAUAGCAGAAGAGAAACGUCACAAAGAACUGUUGAAUGAAGAUGUGACACGAUUAGAAAUUCAAAACCAGAAGCUGAUAGAAGAUAAAUACGAUUCUAAUGAACUCAUGGAUGAGCUGAAGAAGGGAAAACUUGAAAUUGAUCAUUUGCGUCAGCAAGUCCAACUUCUAUCUCAAGAGAGUAACGAUGUGGCCCAACUGAAAGAAGAACUUCAAUCUAGGACAGGCGUAGAACAACGAUUAAGAGAAAAACUAGAGCAAGCACUCAGAAAAGAAGGAGAAUCCGAUGUCAAGAUAGAAGGAUAUAUUCGUUCUGAAGCUGCUGCAACGGCAGAGUUAGAAAGAUUGAAAGUUGAAUUAGCUGAGCAGACUUCAGUGUUCGUCGCUGCUCAGCAAGAGUUGACACAAAAAGAGGCUACGAUUUUAGAAUUGGAACGAGCAUUCGAAGCUCUGAGAAUAGAGUUUGAAGAAUUCAAGGCAGAUGCAAACGCUCAAUACGAAAAUGAAAUUUUCGUGAGAGAACAGGAACUGAAUCACCUACGUGCUCGUUUAAUUGAACUGGAGACAUAUCCUGGACAUACGAUUUCGGUUUCCCGACAAAGCAAAGAGGUUCAGACUGAUGAUAUUGUACUGGAAGAAACAACAAUAAGUCCUUCACAUGUCGUGGAAGAACAAGUUCUCAGUCCAGUAGUGUCACCUGUCUCUGAAGAAUUAAUUCCCCGUCAUCUGAUCCGCUUGGAUGAAAAAUUGAAUCGGUUGAUAGAAAAACUGAAGCAAGUCGGAACAGUGGAAACUAUCGGAGACACGUCUGCUGAUAAUCAACUUUCUCCGCUUUACCAGUCAUCUGAGACUGUCAAACAAAUUGUUGAGAUUUUGGAAUCGGUGUUGCUUGAUUCUCAAGAAAAAGAUAAUCAAUCUUCCAACUACAUCGACAACUUCUGGGCAUCUUUGAAUAAGCGUGCAGAGCAUUUAGUGCAGAUUAUGGAGGAGAAAUUUGAGACAGCUCACAGAGAGUAUGGAAGGAACGUUCAGAAAAUUGAUCAGAAAUGGAAGAUGCAGAAUGAGAAAUUGAGAAUGGAGCUAGACAAGGCUAAUGCACUCAGCGAGCAACGUGUAUAUCUUGCAACGCAGUUCCGGGAGCAGUAUGAGAUGGAAGAAAAGAUGAAGGAUGAAGCUCUUGCUGAGAUUGAGCGGCUGGUUGGUAUGAGAGACGAAGAGCUUGCGGAAUGGGAAAACAACGAAAAGGAUCUUCGUAAAAGACUAGAACGAGCUGAGCAUGCAAUACAAGUGAAUGCUCGUGACAAGCUGAAUCGUACAGAAGAGUUUGAGGCAGAACUUGAGCAUUUAACAACGAGAUUACAAAAGUCGGAGGUCGAUCAUAACAGAAAAGUCAAAGAGUUUGAAAAACAAAUUCAUGAAGAAAAAGGAAAGCGGGCGUUUGAAAGAGAGUCAUUGAAGAGGAUGCAUAUCAGUUUUGACAACACCCUUGAGCAGUGUGGGUAUCUGAGAAAGCGGAACACUUCCCGUCAGAAAUUGCUAAAUCACAUGCAUGCUUUUUUGCACGGAAUCAACCUCGGCAAUUGCGAUGAAUCAAUGCGAAAACGGAACGAGUUGAUUCAUCGAGUAGAAAAUUCCGGUCUUCUAAAGCUUAACCGCGAUGAAAUUGAUGACGAAAGGAUUGAUCGUCGCAUUCUUGGCGAACCGAAUCGCUCACAAUGA